AUGGCCACAGUUUCAGCCGUGAACGGCUCUUCUCAGUUUCCGAAAUCCCAAAAUUCGGUACUGCCCUGGGGAUUAGGUCGUGGUGAUAAAGGGAAAGAUAUACACUUGCAUCUUUCUGUCGUCUUAGAGUUGGGCGAGAUGCUCUCCCAACAACCAUGCAGGAUAAUCGGUAUCGUAGUGGCCUUCUUGAAGGAUAAUUUUCUCGUAGAGACCAAGGGCCAAGGUGAUAAGAGGAUCGAUAUGCGCGGGCAUAUGAAUGGCAAAAGAUUUAUGGGGCAGUGUAAAGCCUGGAAGAAAAGAAAAAUAGGGACGUUGUCAAAUGAGCCUUGGCCGAUGAUUGGCGUGGUGGUGGGGCUAUCCAAAGAUACAUUUACCAGUAGCGCGGUAAAAGCGGUCGAAGAAUUAGGAAUAAUCAUAACCGAUAGUGAUCAUCUAUAUGAUGACCUAUCGGUAGUCGCUGGUUGA